CUCUUGCGAAGUUCGUACGAAUUCAUUUGUUGUACCAUUCUUUUCAUAAGUAAACAUGAGAUUCCAUUCUUCAAUUCUUUUGCUCCUAGUCGGACUCUCCGAUGCUUGGGUUACACCGUUGACGAGCACCAACUCUCCGCUCCAGCGAAGUUCAGUGACGACGAGAACCGAUCCGACUAGAGUUGCGUUUUCGUCCCCGCAACAAUCCACUACGGAUGAAUAUUCUGACAAUGACAUCACUGAAAUCCCAAUGUCGAGCGAAGCGAACACGAUUGUGGGAGCGACGAUGGCCGCUCUGGUCUGCUUUGCUGCUAUGACUGCUUCUCCCGAGACAGCUUCGGCGGCGAUGACAACAAAUUCUGAUGUUGCCUCUUCCUCCAUCGUUACGGCAGGUGGAUCGGUGAAGUCCGCUUUGUUUGCCUAUGGACACUACAUUUCUCUUUUAGGAGUUGUUUUCAUACUCGCGACGGAACGCUGGACGCUUGAGAGUGGACCAAAUCUCACGGAUGAAGAAGAAGACAGAUUAGCCAUCGCAGAUACAUUGUACGGCGUCUUUGGUCUCCUUCUUGUAUACACGGGUUACAACCGAUUUUCCGAUCCCACGUUGGGAAAAGGGAUAGACUUCUACAUACACGAACCCAUUUUUUGGUUGAAAAUUGCAAUGCUGGGUGUACUCGGUGCGGCUAGUUUUUUCAAUACCACCAAAAUCAUCCAGCGAUCCGUCGGACGUUACACUGGAGAUAAGACCGUAGAACCCAUGUCGGAAGAAUUGUGUAAUCGAAUGAAAUCCAUUUGUAACGCGGAAUUGACUGGACUGUUAUUUAUUCCCAUGGCGGCGACAUUCAUGGCACGUGGCAUUGGUUACAACGAGUCGAUUCCGUGGCAAGCUGAGGCUGGUGUUGCGGCGUUGAUUUUCGCGGGAUUGUCGUUCAAAUACAUCAAGGAGGCUCUUACUUUUGAAUCGCGACUUGCCGAGACUACUUCUGCCAGCGAAUAAAAAUCUAUUUUUUUUGUCAACGAAACAUGCGUCCACUCUUGCAUCGUAAGCAAUGAGUGUGUUGAAAAUAUUGUCGUACACUAGAACUUGUUCCACAUUUGUUUCGCGUCUUUCUGGAAAAUAUUUCAAAUCGCGUGAACAGAUACCCUGACGGCAGUGGAUCAUUCAAGAAAUCAUAGUAGUUGUA